CUCAAUGUUUGAUUGGCCAUCACCUUUGCCUAUUAGUGUGAAUAACAUAUUACUCGGGAUUAGUAAAAAGAAAUUAGUCUGGCUUCUCCGCGCAACAUCAGCCAAAGGAAUCUUUCGCCAUCUUGGAGAUGAGGCGUAUGUCAACAAUUGGCUGUCCUCAGUCUUGCGAAAAGAUCAUCAGAAUCACAUCUUUUCGAUUGGUUCAUUACCAGAGAAUCAUGCGAAGCAAGAGAACUUCAGUUUACCCAUGGCUAAAGCGAAUGCUGUUAGUAGAAUAGGAAUUUUUUUAGACUACGAUUGGUCAUAA